CCCUUUCGCCAUGUCCGACGAGUCCGACUACCAGCGAGGACAUGCCCGUCAUGACACGGCACUGAUCCAUGGUCUAUCGCAGGCAGAGGUGCAGAAGCUGUCGGCAUCGUGCGUCGAGGCCAAAAGCAGGGCGUAUUGCCCAUACUCAAACUUCCGCGUUGGUGCAGCAUUGCUGCUGAAAAGCGGCGAGGUCGUGACCGGCGCAAAUGUCGAGAACGCGGCGUACCCCGUGGGCACAUGUGCAGAGCGAACCGCCAUUGGGACGGCCGUGGUACAGCAUCGCGCUGCGAGAGGGGAUAUCCGAGCCAUCGCCGUGGCGACAGACAUCAGCCCGCCUGCAAGUCCCUGUGGUAUGUGCAGACAGUUCAUCCGGGAGUUUUGCGAGCCCUCGACACCCAUUCUCAUGUACGACAAGGACAACCAUUCGGUCGUCAUGACACUGGAGCAGCUGCUGCCCAUGUCCUUUGGGCCCGAUCAGCUACAACGGUAG